AUGCUUAGUUCUUGGGCAGCCUUUACAUAUCAGAAGCCAUCGAGCCCUGUCUCGCCCACCGCGACUGUCUUCGACGGUGUCGAGAUGGAUGCCUCGGACGCAUAUUGGCAGCCUUACCGCUUUCCCGCUGACAAUGCAUCCAAUCCCAUCCCCAGCUGUGCGAUUCAGACUGCGAAAGAACUGGCAAAGCUCAGCCAGGCGUCCCACCAGAUUAUCACCGUGUAUUGCGGCAGUAGAGGCAAGGUAACAGCCUCCUCCAUUCUGAGCCUGUAUGGCCGCUGUCUGCGGUGGUACGAGGAACUACCCACCAUGUUGAAGCUGGAUGUGCCUGACUCCGAAGGGUUACCUCACAUCUUCCAUCUUCACAUCUACUACCACGUCGCAUUGUGUCAGCUGUUUCAACCACUCCUUUGCUACGAUGGAUUUUCGGAUGGAACAAAAAGACACAUCAGAUCCAUUGCGGUUCAGAGUGCUCAAGCCGGGCUGCAGAUUCUCGAGCGGUAUCAACGAAUAUUCUCGAACCGAUAUCAGACGCCUCUGCAGGCAUUCUGCCUGGUUCACCUAUGUGAUACGCUGAUACGCCAGCGUGUAAACGCCCAGGAAGCCAUCGAGUUCUGCUUUGAGAUGCUUCAUGAAGCAUUGGCCGGUUUUUUGUUUAUCGGUCCGUUACAAGCCAUGUUUUGCCAAACGGUCAAGGAGCACGGCAUGGCAUUGCCCGAUAACCACGAGGAGGUUUGGCAUGGGCGUAAGAGGUACAGUACGGAAGAUCUGCUCGAUACGUGUGAGCGCAUUACCUACGUCCAACCGGUCGACAUCCUAGUCGAACGUAUCGAUCCGUCCAUAUCUCAGGAAUUCGAAAAGGCGUGGCAGAAGUUUAUCGAGACGCAUGGCGGCACCGAAAAAGAGCAAAGCGACAUAGUCGAUGACGCGGACGUGGAGUUGCGGCCCUCCAGUGAGCGCUCCGGUCAGGGCAACCCAACGAGGAGGUUCAUGCAGAUCGAUUCAUUGAUGAACCCUUGA